AUGGCAGCCUGGCUGGUUAGUGAAAUGAAAAAAUAUCCCGUAAAACAUGGGAAGAGCGUGAAAAAUUCAGUGGAAUUGGUGAAGAAAUUAGAAGGGUUUAAAUUGGGACGAGGAGAAAUUUUGGUCUCGUUCGAUGUCACGGCACUGUUCCCGAGCGUACCAGUCAACGAAGCCCUUCAAAGCCUGCGUCGUCACUUGGAACGCAGCCGAGCUCCACCAAAUCAUAUCGAAGCGUAUCUCUCCGUAGCCCAGGUGUGUAUGAACCAGAAUUUUUUCACGUUCAGGGGGAAGGUUUACAGGCAAACCUUUGGGCUCAGCAUGGGUAGCAAGCUGUCCCCAUUGCUAGCGGACCUCUUCAUGAGCGAUUUUGAGAACGAAGCUCAAAAGAAGAAGUUGUUUCCCAGGAUCUGGUGGCGCUACGUCGAUGAUGUUUUUGCUCCGGUUAAGGAACGAUACCUGGAUCAAACGUUGAGCAUGUUAAACUCCCAACACAAUACGAUAAAAUGUACUGUAGAGAAGGAAGUAGAAGGGAGACUCCCCUUUCUCGAUCUGUUGAUCAGUAGAAAAGAAGACAGCACGUUGAAAUUCGGGAUCUAUCGCAAGCCCACCUCCACCGACAGAUACAUCACUUCGGAUUCCAAUCACUUCGAUGCACAGAAGCAAGCCGCUUUCCACUCUAUGGCACACCGGUUGUUCAACGUACCCAUGGCGAAGGAAGAGUUUGAAGAAGAGAAAGACCGUAUUUAUUCAGCAGCCGAAGUGAAUGGGUACGACAGGCCUUUUGUGGAUAAAAUCAUCCGAAAACAUAAACGAAAAACACAGCGCAACAGUAUAACUACCCUACAGCCGGACACUCUCUCUCUCUUCUUGGCGUAA